AUGCAACAAGGCAAUAGCUUUGGAUCCGGAGGGGGAUCAGCGUUUGGGUCUAAUCCAGGAUUCGGUACCAACUCAGGCCCCGGACCAAACGCACCGAAAGUCCCCUCUGGCUUUGACGCAUUCGCUCGACCACAGACUCCAACAUCAUUAUCAUCGUCAUCCGGCAGCGCCCCUCCCAACACAUUCUCUUCGUCAACGCCUCAGAAUCCGUCUUCGUCAGCCUUCUGGUCUGGACCAAACAAAAGUCAACAGCAGUCUAGCUUCGGGCGUUCGCGUCCGCACGCUGGGCGGCCAAGACCUCCAUCACAGUCGUCCAAUUUUAACGCAUCCAGUCCGUUCUCGGGCACACAGCAGCAACAGCAGCAACAGUCGCACCAACAACGAACGCAAGAGCAGCAACAACCAACUUUUGGAAACAGACCGAGACCCUUCACCUCCCGGUCAAGCGGUUCUGGUGCGGAAGGUAGGCCUCCGCUUUCAACCUCCUUCCGUGGCGGAAGAGGUGGAGGUGGUACAAUCCGGCCUAUCAGGCCCUUCGCAUCACACGCCGACACGAACCAACAGACUCAAGCGGAUCCAAGCAACAUGCAAGCCCCUCGACCACGACCACGCCCCUUUGCCAACAAAUCGACCACUUUCAACAACAUGCAAUCCACACCAACAUCCUCGUCUUCUGCAGCACAGUCAGGCGCUCAGGCUUCCGUCUCGUCAUCCGCCUUCGGUGUGUCGACCUCAGCCCAGAAUGGUACUUCUGCAUUUCCUACGUUCGGUACAGCGUCCUCUUCCAACCAUGCGAGCUCGUCUUCUCUUUCACAGCAAUCUAGUAGCUCCGCACAGAACACGUCUGCCUUUGGCUCCUCCGCUACAAGUGACAAACCAGCAUCUUUCACAAGUUUCGGCAGUGUGACGAUGCCUGGUUCUGUUCCGGCAUCCGGCUUGAAUACGACAACGUCCUUCGGGACCUCAGCAAGCACGCCUUCUUCGUCUGCAUUUGGUGGCAGCUCCAACGGCUCGUCCUUGGGUUCUGCAUUCUCCUCGUUCCAGCCACAGACACGUCCCCAGGCUCCUGCCGCCAAAGCGUCUAGCAACCAACCAGCCACUGCACCGGCAGCCCCUGCUGCAUCUGCUGCAUCCGCUGCUCCGACCAGCUCCUUCUCUAACUUUCUCAGGAAAGAUCGCACUGGCACUUCGACGCCGGUCGAAGCUUCAGACGCAACAAAAGGUAUGGAGGACGAAGAUGAGCUCCGCAAGAAACGCUUCGAAGACGCACCAAAACAGGGCAAUCGCUUCCUGGAGAUGAAGGGAGGCAGAGAGGCAUUGCGAAACGCUUACAUCAAGUCAGGCGUCCUGCCGGACCCUGACAAGCCAACGGAUCUUGCGCUCGCGGUCAAGCUCGUCGGUACAUGUCAAGACAUGUGUCCUGAAUUCGAGCGAGAAGAGCGAGAGUUUCAGAAGGAACUCGAUCCACUCGAAGUCUAUCCAGGCACCGAUCGAGUCGAUCCACGCAUUGCUGUCAAGAUCUACCGUCGUCCCGCAGCUGGCCGCGAGCUGCCUCUGCCAGAGGAUGUUCGUCCUCCUCCCGUGCUCAAACGGACACUCGACUACUUGUUCCAUGACCUCUUACCUGCUGAUCCGAACGACUCAAGAUUCACAUCGGUGCAAGGUUUCCUCUGGAAUCGUACUCGUGCUGUGCGUCAGGACUUUAUCGUCCAAAGCGAAGGCGGCGCAAUUGCCAUCGAAUGCCACGAACGCAUCGCGAGGUACCACAUCCUCUGUCUUCAUUGGCGAGGUGGACCCGGCGCCGAAGGCUGGAGCGAACAGCAGGAGCUCGAACAGCUGCGUAAGACUAUGCGCAGUUUGAUCGAGUUUUACGAUGACAACCGCCGGAAGGCUUCUGCAGGCAGCACUGGUAACGUGGGCCAUCAAACUUCUCCAAACGAAGCUGAAUUCCGCGCUUACAAUCUGCUGCUUCAUCUGCGAGAUCCUGAAACGCUGCGAGAGGCUGAGCUACUCCCCGGUGACAUUUUCCGAUCGCCGCUCGUUCAGACUGCCAUCAACCUGCGUCAACUAGCACAGCGAUCGAACAACCUAGAGAAGCGUGGUCAGCCUAAGAACACGGAGGCAACCCUCAACUUCUUCUCUAAAUUUUUCGCCGAGCUCCGCAAGCCGAACGUCAACUACCUGAUGGCCUGUCUUGCCGAGAACUCGUUCAGCUCCAUCCGUAUCGGCGCGAUCAAGGCCAUGUCUAAAGCUUACAUGGCUCAGCAUAGGGCUCUUCCUAUCGAGCGAGUCCAACACGUUCUGGGAAUGGACUCGGCCGAGCAGGUCGUCGCAAUGACGAAGCACCUCGGAAUCGAGCUGGAGUACGAAUCGGGCACUCUUUUCGGCGUCAAGAUUCAUCGGAACACGACCAUUAAAGAGGACAAACCACUCGUGACACCUUUUAGCACAACAAUCGUCGAAGCGAAGCGUGGCUCGUACACAAGUGCCGAUGUUGUCGAUGGACGAGCGUCCGGUGUAAGCGCACCCCUACCAAGCACGGCCAUCAGCCUUGGUCGACCGGCAGCUGCUGCACCGUCCAGCCAAUCCUUUGCGAAGUCUACAUCAGCAGGUGGGCCGUCUUCCUUCGGCUUCGGUACACAGCAAAGCUCAGCAUUAUCGUCUGGAAUGGGUGCCUCAAACGCUUUCGGUCAACAGCAAGCAAAGCAAGACACGAGCCAAGCGACCGCAUUUGGUUCUGCAUCACCCUCAAAGCUCUCAGCAUCAGCGUCCACUUUCACGCCAACCGCUUACGGUGGCGCUGCUCAUAACAGCUCCAGCUUUUCUACGUCCUUGAACACAUUUGGGGGCUUCUUAGACUCUACGAGUGCUUCAAAGGAAGGAGCUACCACGACAAAGCCUGCUUUGCCAAGCUUUGGGGCAUUUGGCAAGGAGUCCCAAACAAAGCAAGAGCCGGGUGCGACGGCGACUUCGCCAUUCGGCAGCAAAGCCUCCGUGCCGAGUCCUCAGUCCUCCGAAGCGCAGAAACGUUCUUCAAUGUCAAGCUUCUCUUUCGGCGGGUCAGGUGCCAAAAGUCCGUUUGCGACCUCGGAUACCGACUCAAAGCAGGGAAGUGAGCAACAAUCUGCUGCGCCGUCGUUCACAUUCGACGCUGCGGCCAAAAUGGGAUCUCAACAGAGCAAGCCAUCAUCGUCUUUCUUCUCCUCGUCGGCGGGCGCCAAAGAGCCUGCACAGAACAAGACGGAAUCUAAGCUUCCCUCCUUUGCACCCAUCAGAGCUGCUGACGCAAAGCAAGAUAACGCAAGUUCUGCACCGACAAGUCAGAAGCGUCGAGCUUCACAUGCAGAUGAAAAUGCCUCUGUGCAAGCAGCAGCAGCAGCGAAGGCGGACGCUGAAGCGGAAGCGCAAGCCAAACGCAAGGAAGCGUCUCGAGAUUAUGCUGUCAAGCGAGCGUUCACUGCACUGUCCAACGAAGUUGUUCAUUCCGCCGCUGCCAAGGCUGCCGCUAGUGCUGUGCAGGCAGAGGAGGAACGCCGUCGGGCUGCCUCAAGAGAUCAGCUCGUGACUCGUCUCACGGGCAGACUAUGGCAGGAGCUGGCCGAUGAGCAUGUUCUGGAGGCAGCCAAGGAGACGAGUCGGAUUGCAGCCGCAGACGUGUUCCGAUCUCGAAGCUGUGCUAUGCGUGCGUGGUCACGCUGGACUCAAGCUCUGGAAGAACGAAGGGAUCGCGAACAACAACGACAAAGACUGGAGGCCAUCAGAAGCGAGAUUCGACGUCGUAACAUCCUCGGACGGAUUCAAGCUAACGAGGUCGAAGGCGUCAGUAGCACGCUUGAUAGCAAAGCUGUUGGAAAGCAUUCUCAGGAUCAGACCAGUCUGAUACAGCACGCAUUUUCGAUCCGCCAGUCUCUACUUACCGGCGAGCGCGCAUCAGUAACGAACCAGAAGUUGAACACUGCAGCCCGGCUCAAGCGUAAGCUCGAAGACGAAACUGUCAGCGAGACACAACGACGAGGCGAUGAUGCCUUGACUGAAGGAUGGACACGAGUACGACGCCAACGCAACCAGCUGUGGGCUGAAGGUUCGUUGCUCGAGAAGCUGGCUGAUCACAUCGAAGAGCUCCUCUUGCACUUCCGACCUGCAGACUUGAACAGGCUCGUAGUGCUCUACUGCGGAGCUCCAGGUCAACAUGUGGCGUCAAGCUGGCUUCGAGUCAAGUUUGGGUUCAAGCCUUCUGCGCCGUCAGAUGGGAACGAAGAAGAAAGCGACCGUGAUGUGCUCGAAGUCGAUCUUGCUGAUGGAUCACAGCUCGAGCUCGCCGACAUCACGCCUAGCUCCGACGGCAACGACAUUGCGCCAGAAUCUGUCCUUCAGGCUGACGAGCACAGCCAACCAGGCCUUGUGAUCUUCGAGACGAACCCUGCUGCUGCUCAAGCCAAACCGGUAGUUGAGAGACGCAACGCUCUCGUAAGCGAUCGGAAGAGACUGGAGAUGAUUUCAUCCUUCAAGCUUAUCAGGGGGAGCCAUCUUGCUUGUCGACUCCUUGUGGUUACAUGGGGCGACUCGAGCACUGAUGGCACCGACGACGUGGAGAUGACCGAUGCUGACGCUGACGUCGCGGCUAACGCCAAGCAGAAAAGUUUGCUGAACCAUCUCGGACUGGACCCGUCAAAGCCCAACAGCGUGUUCGAGCGAAUCGGCAUCCUCCAACUUGACGACGCUUCCGUCUCGGUCGAGGACAUGCUAGCAGCCUUGCUUCAGCGUGUCUUGCCGGACGUGACAGCAAACCCUUACUUACAUCUCAAUGGGUCUCAUCGAGCGACGCUCGAAGACGUCGUUCAGGACUUCUGCGAUCAGUGGGGACAUCUUUCUGCGCUCCUCUUUGACCUUCUCAGUGGUCUUCCCGGGCCGGUGGUGUCAGGCUCGGAAGUUGCUGGCAGCAAGACCGAGGCGUUGGCAUGCAAGGCGUUGCAGAUCUUGACCGCACUCGCCAAUCACAUCCUGCGCACGGUGCUCAGCCUGUCAGAGACUGUUCACGAGAACGACAAGCCGGCCGAAGAACGCAAGAUUGAGCUUCCCCUUCCUUCUCCCGUCAAGAGUGGAUUGGUCGGUAUGGCUCUAUCGCAAAUCGACGAGCUGACAGAAGAAGAGCAGAAAUUGCAUCUGCGAUCGCAACUGCUGUCUUCUCUUCAGGCAAAAGGCCCGCACGAAACGGAGCUGCAACUUACACUAGCAGUAGUCAAUAGGCAGUACAUCGAGCAACUCUUCCGACUCUCGCUUAGCAAGUUAAACGAAGCAUGGUUCGGCGUCCGGCAGGACACGGAGGCAGAAUGGACGCAAGCGAAAGAGGUGUUUGGAAGGCUAUGUAGCGCGGCAGUGGAGGAAGUCGCGACGGAGACGAGGGCUAUUUGGGCAGAGUACAGGGCACAGGCCGAUGGAGGUAUGGAGAUGGACAAGGGCAGCGGUUCACCCAGCAAGAAGAUCCGGACUGGAUCGAAUGCCUCUCAAGAAUCUACCCUGCCGACAUCGGAGCCAGCAAAGGCAAGCAAGGUCAACGAUCUCAGAGACUUGAUUGCUCGCACGAGGCGCUUCCUUGAUAGUCCUGCUUCCUAA